UACGAGACUGGUAGUAGUGGUGGCAGUGGACAGGGAAGAAGCGAGUAGGAGAAGGGUAAGGAGGAGACGGUGAGACGGUGACCAUUCCGCUCCUGCUCUGCGCCUCUGCCAUCAACCAAAACGGCUUCCCCUUCCCUGCAUGGCCACUCCAUACUCCGGUGAGCUUACCGUUCAGGUCGCCAGCUACUUUCUAUCCCUUCUAUAUAUAGAGCAGGCCGUACCUGCAGCAUAAGCGGCGAAGUGGUUGAGCAAAGGGUGGCUUCUUUCUUAGGCCUCGUGAAUCGGGAUCAUGGACAUCGUUGAUAGAUCGAACGGCGUCGAUCUGGCGAUGGCAGGCAGAUCGCCGGAUUUCCGCAGGCCCAAGGAUCUGGCGGCUUCCUCCUCAGCUGGUUUCUCCACCCUCCGUCCCAUCUACGACCACCCCUCCCCAGGUUCCUUCCUUGCGAAGUCACUGCCGCUCGCCCAGCCACAUGCCAAAGACGGGCUCUCCGAUUCCGCGCCUGCGGGGUCGGAGAGUGAAGGGUUUAAGCAGGACAUGCGGGAUUUGGCGGAGCUGCUCUCGAAGCUGAACCCGAUGGCGGAGGAAUUCGUACCGCCGUCCCUUGGUAGGAUGGCAAGCGGGUCCGUUGCUACUGGGGGAGGGUUUUUUGGGAAUCGGUUUGUGGUGAGUGAUGGGAUGGCCAAUGGCGUCUCUGCUGGGAAUAGUGGGAGACGGAAGAAUGGAUAUGACCAGGAGAAACGUCGAAUGAAUAGCCGGACGAGUUUGGCGCAGCGAGAGGAAGUGAUCAGGAGGACUGUGUAUGUAUCCGAAAUUGAUCAUCAGGUCACAGAAGAACAGCUUGCAAUACUUUUUAUCCAUUGUGGGCAGGUUGUUGACUGUCGCAUGUGUGGGGAUCCAAAUUCCGUCCUUCGUUUUGCUUUUAUAGAGUUCACCGAUGAGGAGGGUGCCCGAGCUGCUUUAGAUCUCUCAGGAACUGUGUUGGGUUAUUAUCCAGUACGGGUGCUGCCUUCGAAGACUGCAAUUGCACCAGUUAAUCCAACAUUUUUGCCGAGGUCAAAUGAUGAACGUGAGAUGUGCUCAAGGACUGUGUACUGUACAAAUAUUGACAAAAAGAUUUCUCAAGCAGAUCUUAAACUCUUCUUUGAAUCUGUAUGUGGAGAGGUGUACCGGCUCAGAUUACUUGGCGAUUAUCAUCAUUCAACGAGGAUUGCUUUUGUUGAAUUUGUGAUGGCUGAGAGUGCAACUUCAGCACUGAACUGUAGUGGUGUGGUUCUGGGAUCCUUGCCCAUAAGGGUAAGCCCCUCUAAGACUCCUGUGCGUCCCCGUACGCCUCGCGCAUCCAUGCGGUUGAAUCUUGGAGUUCCGUGAGAUGCAUAACUGCAGUCAGUCAGUAUAUAUACAGAUUUGCCAUAUUUGCCUUUUGGUUAAUUUGAGAACAAUUAGUGUUAGGAAUUAGAAUGCACAGAGAUGGUAACUAGGCUUUGAUCUUUACAUAUGAUUGCUAACACAAACUAACUAUGAUCUAUUACUUCCAUUUAAAUUGGAUGCCUAGCGUUUAGAUCUA